UUUUAUUUUUCUUGAUUUUUUAUUUUUAUUUGUAUCAGUAGUCUGUUGUCGCACGCGCUUACAGUAGUUCUUUGUGUUGCUUCAGGAUUCUGCGCAGCUGGUCCUUUGAAUUUCAUCUGAAACAAUCUGCCACAAAGAAUCAUUUCAGCACCAUGACCCAGAGUUAGUUCUAUUGUAAUACAUAUUAGUGACAUUGUAAUAACAUAUGAAUAACUGUUUAUUGCUGCACUUAUAAAUUAGGCUAGACUUUAAGCAAUUACAACAGGUUAUGUAACCUACUGUAGAAUAUAUUUAUAUGUAUGUAAUAUGACUACACUGUAAGAUUUCCAAAUUAUGAUGAAGCAUAAAUAGAAAGAUAGCUGUUGGACUUGUUGACAUCUAAAAAGAGGGAUCAUGUUUGGAGGUCGAGUUGUCUUUGCCUCUUUGUCUCUAUUGCCAGCAAUGUCCAAUGUCUAGUCAGGCCGUGAACUUUCUAAUUUAUAAUAUAUAAUCCUAGCUGUAUUUGUAUAAGCUAAAAUGACAUCAUCAUAUAACGAUGAUACCAGGAGUGACAUAUCGGAAUCUCUGGAAGUCUGUGAAUUCCAGAGACAGUAUGUGGAUUCAACGGGUUACUACAAAUCCAGAAGCCUACCCAUUCUUAAUGGCGGCUGUCCGACAGUUAAUGAGACACUGGAGCCGAGGCUGAUCAGCACAACACAGACUUUAGUAAAUACUGACCAGUGCUCAUUAUUCAGCAAGCUAUACCAGAAAAGAGACUCUAGCGAAUUUGAUUCACCUACCAGGACUGAUUUCUCCCCUUCCAUGUCCAGCAUGGUGGUUCUUAGUAGCUCUGUGAGAACAGAAGCCAACCAGGCAGGUGGUAAAAAAAUAGGUUUUCCAUUCAUGAGAUUCAUCCGAAAUCCUGCAAGGCAGUACGUUAGGGUGAUUCUCUCGGACUCUAGAUGUUUUCUUUUCUGUAUGUGUUACUUGACAUUCAUCCAGUCGUUGAUGGUCUCGGGCUACCUUAGUAGUGUCAUCACCACCAUAGAGAAGAGAUACAGCCUUAGAAGCUCUGAAUCUGGACUUUUGGUUAGCUGUUUUGACAUUGGGAGUCUGUUGGUGGUGGUCUUCAUCAGUUAUUUCGGGGGUCGAGGGCAGAGGCCUCGGUGGUUGGCGGUAGGUGGGGUAUUUAUCGCCGUGGGAGCAGCUCUGUUCUCCCUUCCACACUUUAUCUCUCCACCCUAUAAAAUCCAAGAGGUCAACUCUUCCAGGGGGAACGAGGGCCUGUGCAUGAAUGGCAAUGGGAGCAGACGGGACACUCUGGACAUGUCUUCCUGUCCGCGGGAUCAGGAGGGCAACGAUCACUCCAUAUACGUCGCCCUGUUCAUCUGCGCCCAGGUCCUGGUGGGCAUGGGUUCCACUCCAAUCUACACGCUGGGACCAACGUACCUGGAUGAUAAUGUGAAAAAGGAGAAUGCAUCCCUCUACCUAGCUAUUAUGUAUGUGAUGGGGGCUCUGGGUCCAGCUGCAGGGUACCUGCUAGGAGGAGUUUUGAUUGGCUUCUAUGUGGAUCCCAAAACCAUCGUUAACAUUGAGCAGAGUGAUCCAUGCUUUGUUGGCAACUGGUGGAGUGGUUUCCUGCUCUGUGCUUUUGCCAUGUUGUUGGUCAUUAUUCCCAUGUUCACCUUCCCCAAGAAACUACCCCCUCGUCACAAGAAGAAAAAGAAAAAGAAAAAGCAUGGGGCGGACGAUACCCCCAAUGACGUCGACGUCCUGAAAGAGAAAUCCAACAGCAAAGGCCAGACUGUCGCAUCCUCCAUGGGCUUUGGCAAGGACAUCAAAGAUCUCCCCAAGGCCGCCAUAAGGAUCCUCAGCAACAUGACGUUCCUGUUUGUUAGCCUGUCCUACACGGCCGAGAGCGCCAUUGUCACUGCUUUUAUCACCUUCAUCCCCAAGUUCAUCGAGUCACAGUUUGGAAUCCCUGCCUCCAAUGCCAGCAUUUACACAGGGGUGAUCAUCGUGCCCAGUGCUGGUGUGGGCAUUGUACUGGGGGGCUACAUCAUAAAGAAAUUGAAGCUUGGAGCUCGUGAAUCUGCCAAGCUGGCCAUGAUCUGCAGUGGAGUGUCUCUUCUGUGCUUCUCCACCCUCUUCAUCGUGGGCUGUGAGAGCAUAAACCUGGGCGGCAUCAAUAUCCCUUAUACCACAGGGCCGACACUGACUUUGACCCAGAGAAACUUGACAGGAGGCUGUAAUGUGAAUUGUGGCUGUCGAAUCAAUGAGUAUGCUCCUGUUUGUGGCUCAGAUGGCAUCACGUAUUUCAAUCCCUGCCUGGCAGGAUGCAGCACGGUUGGCAAUGAAAGAACCGGGAUCAGAAAUUACACCGACUGCGCAUGUGUGCAGAGCAGACAGAUCAUCACCCCUCCCACUAGCGGUCAAGGCAACCAGCUGCAGCUGGUCAUUGUGAAGACCUACCUGAAUGAGAACGGGUUUGCACUGUCAGGGAAGUGUGAUCGCACCUGCAACACUCUCAUUCCCUUCCUCGUCUUCCUCUUCAUUGUGACGCUCAUCACGGCUUGUGCACAGCCCUCUGCCAUAAUUGUCACUCUUAGGUCAGUUGAGGAGCAAGAGAGACCGUUUGCUUUAGGAAUGCAGUUUGUGCUGCUAAGAACUCUUGCCUACAUUCCUACACCCAUCUACUUUGGUGCAGUGAUUGACACCACCUGUAUGCUCUGGCAGCAGGACUGCGGCGUUCAUGGCUCCUGCUGGGAGUAUGAUGUCACUUCCUUCCGCUUUGUGUACUUCGGUCUGGCAGCAAGUCUCAAGUUUGUGGGCUUCAUCUUCAUCUUCCUCACCUGGUACUCGAUUAAAUACAAGGAGGAUCGCCUGGAGCGCUGGCAGCAGCAUCUGCCCCCCCUGGGCACCAUUAGCGAACUCAUCUGCCAUGCAGGAGGCCACAAAAGCCACACUCGCACACACUCUUGCCCCAUUUUCACACCCCGUCCCGAACCCCCCGAGCAGCCCCCUCUCAAUCGCGGACACUGCAGCCAGAGCUGCCCCGGAAACGCACUCAAAGCAAUAACCUAACCCACCCGAUCCUUGCAGGAAAUGCGCGCUCACAUUUGAAGACAUGAGUCUUUGCUCCAUCUGCCUCCAUGUGCCUUCCUGUGAGGUGUCCUCCUCUAAACAAGACAGGACUAAUGUACACCCAUUUUUCUGCUCAUCUCCCACCCAGCUUUUAGGGGCUUGCUGCAUCCAAACAGAACAUGUCAUCAAUGCAAACCCACAGCAAAUACAAAUCACAUCAAAUUAAAGGUGCACUCAGUAAUUUUUUGUUUAUGUUGCGCUGACAUUGAGAUGUAGAUGCUAGGUUGUCAGUUACCAAUGUCAUUGUAGAAGGUUGUUUCUUCAACCACGGGCACUUUCAUGUUUGAGGGGUUGAUUUUUUAGUAAAAUAAACAGAUUUUUUUUUCGGAUAACAUGUUGCUUAUUGUUAAAUGAGGGUCACAUUAAAACUGAUUUGGAAACUGAUUUUUUAGAAGGCCUUCAUCAUUUAUACAUGGCACUUUUAAACUCUAUUAUAAAAAUAAAAAUUAUGACAUGUUUAAAAUUAUGAUAAUCUAAACAAAUAGUUAAAUAAACAAAAGCCACUUCCGUAUUUAGUGUGGGGAAAUUAUUUCAAUCCUUUUUUUUUUUUAUGACUGUCCCACAGCUGAAGUGCCAUUUUCAUCACCACACCAAAAAUUUUGCCCCUAAUAUUUAUUUAUUUAUUUUUUCAAAAGUUAGCGAGCUUGUUACCCAAGUUGACAUAAGUGCCAGUGAAGACAAUGGUCAAAUUGGAAUGUGAGACAAGUGAUGUUUAAAGAAAAAAAAAAAAAGAAAAAAAAAUCAAGGUAAAUGUCACUUGUUAGCAGAGUAUUUUUAUUGCCCAUUAUUUCCAAUCAAGCUGUAAUUUUGACAAAUUAUGCAAAAAGUGUAAAAAUAUUAUUUAGUUAUGUGUAUUUAGGAUACAUAAAAUGUUAGCUAUGAAAUUAGCCUUAGCAAGAUAAAUGAGUCGACCAUUUCAUUUCAAAUACGUUUCCAUCACCGUCAUAUCCACCACAGAAUUGUAUGGAAAUGACACUGUGGUGUGAAUUCUCAGAAGAAAAAAAGUGACAUAAAUCUCUUGUGGUGCAUGUACAUACACUGCUGGACCAUUUUUGUUAGACAAAUAAAAAAAAAUAGAGCGUGAGAAAUGUUUUAUCGAGACUUUACUUUCUAGAAUCCCACAAUACUAGAUAGAAGUGCCCGCAGUUGAAGAAACAUCCAGAAAUGCAUUAUUCACAGUUAGCCAUGAUUAAUUUAUUCUGCGAGUGAAAGCAUCCAAUAAUAGGGGAUUUAUAAAGCAAGUAAAUGUGCACAUGAAUGUGCAUCCAGCACCAUAAGAAUAAAGCAGCUUUUUGUCUAAGACUUAUAUGACUACAAUCUUCAAUUCAUAUGUGUGACAUAUUUUUCAGAAAUACUUUUCAUUUCUUUCUGAAAUUUUCUGAAACAAAUUACUGAGUGCACCUUUAAUGUAAAGUACUUGCUGUAGUGGUGUUUAGAAGACAUAUUAUGGUGCUAAAAUUGUGUGUGGGGGGGGGUGGAGAUACAUUUUUUCUGUAUUCAGUCUUGGAUUUCAAGAUAAUAUUAUCAAAGAUGUACCACAAGCACAAAAGGAAAUCAGUACUAUGCAAAACUGUAUGACACUACGGCCUCCAGGAUGCUUUCUACUGUAUUAUCUCCUUUCAAAACUGUAUUCCCUACAGCAGAACAGCUUUCAUGGUCUCUCCGAAUAUUGCUGCAAAAUCUGUGAAACACAUCUGCUCUUUUUACAUAAUCUUUCUGUCUAUAGUGGUAUUAAUACCUCCUUCUGGCUAGUUAGUAGGAGUUGAUCAUUGUGCAUGUGACUUGGGUGGUAUUCAAGGGGCUGUACAGAACAUUUUGUCUCUUAUGGACUGAUAAUAUGUUGCCUCAAACUGCCUCUGCUAACAGUGACGUGUGCUGGCUAACAGGCAAAAGCACUGAGUGGAUCUUUGGAGAAAGUCGAGCCAUCUGCAAAUUCUUCAUAUUCAUAAUAAUUAUGUCUAUCUGCAUUGGUAAUUGUUAGCAAAGUGAAUUUUAGUGAUUGACUCGCUCCUGUGUGUUUUGUAAUGCUGAGUAAAUGAAAAAAAGAUCCUGUGUUCUGUGUAAUAAGACGCUAGCAUGUUUAGCAGACCUGUUGCUGUCUGUAGUUGGUCCAAUAUCAGGUCUUAAAUGGACAGUUCAUCCCAAAAUCAAAAUUCUGUCAUCAUUUACUCACCCUCAUUUGGAUGGAGUGACAUGAGGUGAGUAAAUGAUGAUAGAAUUUUCAUUUUUGGUUGAACUGUCCCUUUAAGAAGUGAUUCAGUUCCAGAUCAGUGACUCUGGAAGGUUGAUCAGGAUUCAGUCGACCCCUCAAGCUGCUGUUAGCAUCCGCUAAAUCUAAGUACCUGAGCAUGUUUGAGCAGCUUUAGCGAUAGCAUUCUUAAAGCCACAGCAGAAUCAGUUAUUCUAAAACUUUGGUUUGAGAGUUAUUGAAGUAUAUCAGCUGACUUUAAUAUCAGCAGUUAGCAUGUGCUCGGGCUACUGUGCCACCCUUUGUGAAAACAGUGUGAUCCACAAGCAGUGGCUCUUUCCUUAUGCACUAACUAUAAUAUAGUUCAACUUGUGCCUAAAAUAGAAAACCUCAAAGUCUCAGUAUCCCUGUGAUAAGUUAAUGAGUUGACUUAAAGGGAUAGUUCACAAAAAAAUUAAAAUUCUGUCAUCAUUUACUCACCAUUAUGUUGUUGCAAACUCGACUUUAUGACUGUCUUUUAUGACUUGUAUGACUUUUUCUCCCAUUGAACUCAUUAGGAGAUGAAUUUUAGGAACUGACAUCCUCAGAUGCCAUUCACUUUAACUGCAUUUUUUUUUUUUUUUUUUAUUUAAACAAUCUUUUUUUACCUAAGAUCAUCUUUUUUGUUCCACUGAAGAAAGUAAAGUCAAAUGGGGUUGGAUAACAUGAGGGUGAGUAAAAGAUGAUGGAAUUUUCAUUUUGGGGGGAAUUAACCCUUUAAUGCAAUUACUUUUGAUCAAUAUACAGUAUUGUACAUAUAACAAAGUCAUUAACUAUUUACUCUUAUCCAUCAGAGCUGCUUUGUUUUUGAUUAUUAUUUGGUUAAGUUAUGAAAUAGUCUCCAGAUCUAAACAGGAGUAACAUGGUAAUUAGAUACUUAGUACUUAGCAUGCAAACAACAAAGCCCAACAUAAUCAGUGACCAAAAAUGCAGACCAAGCGUUAUUAUUUCCAUCUUUUUUACAUAUCUCUGCAUUAAGAGCCUCUGUUGGUUUUAAACUGAAUGAUUUUGUAAAAUAUACUGUAUUGUGAUCACAAUCUCAAAACCACAUCAUGAGCACAUACUUUUUUCUUCAAAUCUCUAGAAUUAGUUUAUUGUCAAAGUGCUUUUUAUAAAAUAUCAUUGUUAAGUAUUUAAAAUGCUGACUCAUUAGAAUGAAAAGAAAUUAAAAUUUGGGGUGUAAGAAUCAACCCCAGCUGUUGUUUGAAUUUAAAAUUGCUUUCUUUUCCAUGUUUGUGAAGGAUAUGUACAGUGGUGAGAAAGUCUGUAAACUUUAUAGAAUUCUCAGUAGUUCCCCAUUAGUUUGACCUACAGUACAAUGUGAGCUGCUCAACGAUUCAUGCUUUUCUCCCAUAUAUAUAUUAGACUUGCCUUGGUAUAAUUUUCACACCGGUGCGGUGUUCAUGUUCAUAACGACUAACACAGGUAUUACCGCUGGUUGGACGCUAGGUGGUACUAUGGGGUAAUUUUCAUUAAGCAGGUUUAGGGUUAAGCCUACACAAUAAGGCAAGGCAGCUUGAUUUCAAACUUUGAACUUUAUUUUGUAUUUAUUUUAACUAAAAAUUCAAAUGAAACUGAAAAAAAUGGUGCAAUUAAAAUUUUAUUGUUCAACUUUUUGAAAGAUGAAAUUUCAACAGUUUAUUAUAUAAAAAAUAAUCGUUGAAUAUUCUUGCUUUAGUGAUUUUUUUUAUUGAAAAUUAAAUUCAUUUAUUUAAAAAACGAAAGACUUAAACCAAAGUCAUUUCUAAAUUCAAACUGCACUUCAAACGAAACGAAAUAGCAAUUAAAAUAAUGAAGUGGACAGAAAAACAGAGUUAACCAUCUUUCCAUUUCCCAUCAGGCAACUAUCAGUCUAUGACAACGGCGGAAAAUUACUAAAACUUAAGAUCUAAAAACAAUUCUAAAUGUAAACAUAACAAUUAUAAUGAUUAUAAUAAUCACUGAAAUAUAAAUCAUGGUUCGAGUUGAACGUGUUUUAGUAUUAUUUUAUGAUUUAAUCACAGAUGGAUAGUCUAUAGACAGGGUGAACCUGCAGAGUUGCGUUCAUAACGAACUGUUCUCUGGAAAUAAAGAGAACUGCAGUUUUUGUUUUUUGUUUUUAAGUAAGUGUGAGAACCUUUUACAUACGUGUGUUCCACGAAACUGCCCGCCUCGAACAAACAGCGCGUCAGACAUGCGCAUAGACUGCUUUUCUGUCAUUGUUCUUAAACAUAUAAAGUGUUUCUUCAAGCGCGUGUCUGUGUGUCUAACACCAUUUCUUGUGUCAUUCCGAAUCCGACACGUCUUACAGUUACCCACCAUGGAAAUUAUAUUCACUACCUGCAAUUGACCGUCUUUUGUCAGUGCGCAUACUCUUCUGCCUGUGGGUCGCAAACUCUUCAUCAGGCAACUAUGAUUUAUUUAAGGUUAUUUUAUUCGUUAGGCUAUUGUAUUGAUAUUGGAAGUUCCAUUCAUAAUGUUUCCACUGGUAUAAAAUGUUACACAGGUGUUGUCCCUUGUACCGAGUAAAACCGGUAACACCGUACACGGUGGAAACCCUAGUACAUAUAUAAAUCUAUAAACAAACAAUCAUUUCUGACAUUGAAAUGUUUAAAGGUGCACUCAGUAAUUUUUGUCUUUGUGUCAUCUUGGACUUACACUGACACCUAGCGUCUUGGAUGCAGCAUCAUUUAAAAUCAAUAGUUUUCGGUUUCAGAUGCCAUUGUAGAAAUGUAGUAUUCACAGUCAGCCAUGAUUACUUUAAUCAAUAAGUGAAAGUGUCAAAUAACAGGACGGUUACUGAGAUUAAGCAAAUAGUAUUCAGCUGGUCAUGUGAUCAUAACAUGGCAGCCCCCAUGUGUGCACCCUCUCCAUGAAGAAUAAAACAGCUUUUAUAAGGUUACUGAUAUCCAUGUAACUUAUUUUAUAAGGUCAUGAUUUCCUACAUAUAUUGCGAAAUUACAAUUCAUGUAAAACUUUUUUAAUGAGGAAAAAAAUUACUGAGUGCAAUGUUCAGACUGCAACCAAAUUGAAAUGCAUUAGUUUGUCCUCUAGGGGGCAGUCAAUGCAAGGUACAGGUAAUAUUUGCUUGAAGUUGAUUCUGAAUUGCCACUACUUACAAAAUUAAGCAUUCUAAUAAUGAGUGCUGGAGCAGUGUGUUCUGUAUGUAUUUGAUUAAUAAGAUCGUCUUUAUCUGCGCCUAUAACCCUACUUUAUCCAUUACUAUUAAAUUAUCAGCUCACAUAUGAAGUCAAAUUAAUGUUUUGGGGGUCGCUACUUUUACUUUCAACAGGGCUGAUUCCAGAGUGUGAUCAGUUUGUGUAGCUAUCUUCAGUUCUAUCAGUGCUCAUGGGAUCAAGUGUGAGGAACGAAAUGUACUGGACAUUUACUUUAAUUCUGUCUUGGCUCUAUUUUAUUGACAUGUAUUUAUUGAAAUAAAGAACUUAGAGAGA